AUGUUGAAUUCAAAUAAUUCUUCUACAACUUCUUUACAUCAACAAUUCGAAGAAUUGUCGUUAACAUCAACAACAACAACUAAAGAAUCCUCUUUAUCAUACUCAUAUUCACCACCAUCAUCACCAUCGUUUUUAGAAAAUUUCGGUUUGCCUCCAACUUUUCAGUUGGACAUUGAAGUUCCAGAUUUUGUUCUAAGACGUAGAAAUGCUAUUGUAGAAGCUAGAGAACCAACCCCUCUCAAAUCUUGA